UAAAAAAAUUGUGUAAAUGUGUAAUAUAACCAGAUACAUUUUGAAAACAUUUUCAAAAUUAUUUGUAAGCAAAAGACAAUGUCCAACAAUUCCACUGUGAAGAAGGUGAUGCAGGUGUCCGAGGAAGCGGCACCAGCUGUGCAUAUUCCCAUUAUGGUGGGCAAUGAGAUCUUCGUGGUCACCCAACAGGACGUUCGGCGGGUGGAGGACAUUCGAAUGCUGAGCUACAAUCGCCUGGGAGCCAACGGACGGCUCUGCCCCGUGGACUCUACUCCACCAGCGACAGUGCCUUUCUCCCUGCCCACCACCUCGAAUUUGUGUACUCUGGAGGAUCUUAUCGCACAGACCGCGCGGAAUAAAGUCAAGUGGCAGAUGGAUGUCGACCGUGAUGCGGAUAUGAAGCUUCCCACGACCACGGCCAAUACUCCUUGUCCCUUCCUGGAGCCGAUCUCCUCCCGGGCAAAAGGAGUUGCCAGCGUGACCACUCAAUUGGGUUGGUCUAAGAUUAAAUCAGGAUCGGAACCCGUUUUUCCACUCUGCUACAGCGCCGGCACUUCUACCAGUGGCCUGAUGACGAACACCGGUUGCCAGCAUUGUCCGAGGUCCGAGAUGCACCAUUCCAGCUGCCAAACUCAGCAGUUACCUAAUAAAACGCACAUUUUCCAAGAUGAUCCGCCCCAAAAAGCGAGCUGCCAAACUCAGACCUUUACAACUCCAAUAGUGAAGAAGGAGUCGCCGCAGAAAGUGUCUUGCCAAACUCAGUGCAGUCCCAGUCCCAGUCCAAAACCAAUUGUGAAAAAGGAGCCACAGAACUCCGCUUGCCAGACGCAACCCAACACACUCUCAACCGGCUGUAAUACCUCAUCUAGCCACCUGGCUAGCAAGUCCUCCGCCGAGUCAUAUACCUCAGAUGAAUGCCAAUUCACGUCGUCGGAGGAGAGCCAUCAUCCCUGUCGGCACUGCAAGUCGCAGCAGACUUGCAUGGAACAGGAGCUGAUGGCGCAGGUGCGACCCCAAGUUCAGACGCCCAGAUGUCCGGCGGAGCAGCCUUGCACAUCGCGACAAAUUCGUUUUGAUCUCUGUCCACCAGAUCGGGAUUGGGAGCGUUUUGAGAAGGAAACCUGCUCUCAGCAAUUGGAUAGUAUUUUAAGGAAGGAGGAACAGGAUUUCUAUAGGACGAUUCCGCUGAGUAGAACUCCCUAUCCACGAACUCUCAACAAAGCUCCAGUUUCCAGGCCAAUAAGGAAACCAACUUACGGCUUACAGGAUAAUUCUUACUAAUAGAAACUAGGAUUUAGCAGCCACUAACUAACAGCAUUGAUGUUAAACUUUUCUUUUCAACUAUCGAUCUCUACUCAUCUAUAUUUCCACUAUUUUUAUAUGCAACUUUUUGGCUCAUAAAAAUGUAUAUUUUUCAAUACCUAUCUAAUAUUU